UAAUGUUUCUAAAGCGAAUAGCAUCGUCUUUUUCAAAAAGUCAUCACUUAGUGAUACCUUAUUAUAAUAAAGGUAUAAUAAUUAUAGUAUUUGAUAGGCUAUCAACAUCCAAUUUAUAAUGAAUUAGUAGCAGGCUUAGUCAAGGAUGGUUUGAAAAUUAAAGAUGUUGAUGGAUUUAUCUAUGCUUUUAAUAAUGUAAUCGCUUCAAUCAACCAUGAAGAUUUCAAUGAAUUUGCUAAUAAGACUUGUGAUUCUGAGCUUGUAAAAGGAUUCGAAACAGGAUUAAAAAGACUCAAAGACAAUAAUCAAUUUAUUGAACCAAUUUAUGAUCCUGAAAUUGAAGAAGAAAUUAUUAUCUCUGAUAUAACUUUUUGCUUUGAAUUGAAUGAUGAUGAAAGCUACUAUCUUUAAGUAUGAAAAAGUUAAUAUAUUAGAAACCAAUUUUUAAAUUAGAAUUUUCUUAAAGUAAAUUGGAAUUUUACAAUAGCUUAGCCAAGAUGUUAAAGGAUCCAAUAAAUUAAUUUAGAAUUGGACCAAAACUUACACUUAUUUUAGAUUGUUUUAUCAAAUGCAAGACUAGUAUAAAAAUAUAAAACUUUGAUGUAUUUUAAUAAUAAUAUUAAUCAAUUAGUUACAUCCAUAUGCCUAUCAUGCAGUAAAAUUCUAAGCUAUCAAAUAAUAGGAUUAAAACAAAAAUAUGUUUGGCAGUUUAAUAGGAAUGAGUGUUGAUUAAAUGGUCUUAGGAUAGAAUUACAAUUGGAGAAUAACUAAUAUUGAUAAUUUUCUGAAAAGAUGAA